GUACGUCCCGCUGUAGUCUACUUGAACUACAAAUCCCUUGUCACCCAGCUUUGUGGUCGUCAAGUCGGCUAGUGUGCUGGAUUUGGUUUUGAACGAUAGGAGCGAGCGGGAGUGUGUGACUGGACUGGAUUCAACCAGUGUCACGAUGGCGACAGACAUUGUUGCACAGUUGGCCGACUCUCUUGCCAAGACUGGAGUAGCAGAAGGAGAGCUGAGCUACAAAGGCCAGGGAAAAAAGCUGGAUAAUGCCCAAUCAGUGCAGGAGAUGGUGAAGGAGAUCCAGAACUUCGAGGGUUUGCAGGCCCUCAGGUUGGAGGGAAACACCGUGGGUGUGGAGGCAGCGCAAGCCAUCGCCAAGGCCCUGGAGACAAAGAGGGAGUUCAAGUGCUGUUAUUGGAGUGACAUGUUCACAGGUCGCCUGCGCUGUGAGAUCCCACCUGCCCUGAAUUCACUGGGUGAUGCUCUGAUGCUGGCGGGUGCCAGGUUGACUGUUUUAGACCUCAGUGAUAACGCCUUUGGACCUGAUGGGGUGAAGGGUAUCGAGAAGUUGCUCAAGAGCACCGCCUGCUACACAUUGCAGGAGCUGCGGCUCAACAACUGUGGCAUGGGCAUCGGCGGUGGAAAGAUCUUGGCUGCUUCAUUGAGCCAGUGCCACAAAAAAUCCAGCGCAGACGGCGUCCCCCUGAGCCUGAAGGUGUUUGUUGCAGGGAGGAACCGUCUGGAGAACGAUGGAGCCACCGCUCUCGCUCAUGCCUUUCAGUUGAUGGGUAGCCUGGAGGAGGUCCACAUGCCCCAGAAUGGCAUCAAUCACCCUGGUGUGACAGCCCUGGCUACAGCCAUGCAGCACAACACGGGCCUCCGCAUCCUCAACCUCAAUGACAACACCUUCACCGAGAAGGGAGCUAUCGCCAUGGCUCAGGCCCUGAAACACCUGCACAGCAUCCAGGUGAUAAACUUUGGAGACUGUCUGGUGCGGCCAGCGGGAGCCAUUGCUAUUGCAGAAAGUUUAACAGAGGGACUGCCCAUUCUCAAGGAACUCAAUCUGUCCUUUGGCGAGAUUACAGCGGAAGCUGCUCUGGCAGUGGCACAAGCAGUAAAGGGCAAAGACCAACUGGAGAAGCUGGACCUAAAUGGUAACUGUCUAGGAGAGGAUGGUUGCAAAGCUCUGAAAGACUCCAUGGACAGCAUGAAGAUGGGUGACCUUCUAGGAUCACUCAGUGACGAUGAGGGUGAGCCAGAAGAUGAUGACGACGAUGAAGAUGAGGAAGAGGAGGAGGAUGAAGUGGAUGAGGAGGAAUUGGAGGAGGAAGAGGAAGAAGAGGAGGAAGAGGAAAGCACUGGAAUAAAGUUGUCCACCCCUGCAUCAGCACCCCGUCCGCCAGACGUCUCCUCCUUCCUCAGCUUUCCGUCCCCAGACAAACUGCUCAAACUUGGGGCCAAAAGAGCAUUGCUUAUCGAGCAGCAGGUGGAUGUGACAGAUGCUGCAAAAACAGCUGAAGCGUUCCUCAAGAUCGCAUCUGUGUAUAAGGAGGAGAACAAUGAUGUAAAGAACGCAGUGUUGGACAGCAUUGACACCCUUCUGAAGAAAGCUUUUGCCACUCCUUCCUUCCAAGGCUACAACUUUGUAUCAUCUUUGUUAGUGCUGCUUGGACUUAUCAAGAGUGAAGACAAGGUGAAGCCUGUGCUCGUGGUUCCCGGCCACCUCCAUACCUUGGAGCACGUUGUUCGACAGGACUACUUCCCCAAAGAGAACGUGGCUGUGCUGGAGGCCUUCAUGUCCCGGUAAGGACGUGACUGAAUGAGCCAAUCAGCAUGCAGCUUGCAGAAACAACAAGGCCCUGGAGUCAUGUGGCAAUGCCAGAAACAACCUUCAGUCCACACUGCAGGGAGUCAGGUCUGAGAGUUGAGGACUGCUGAUACACACACAGACUGAACUUUGACUGAUCACUGAUGGACCUUUUGGAAACCAGCACACAUGAGCCCAAAUUUGAAAUGAAGCAGAGCAGCACUUGAGAAUACUCCACUCAUUGUGGUGUCGCUGCUGUCCUUCACAAGUUUAGCAAUACCCCUCUAUCUGGACUCGAAUGCUUUAUGUUUUGAAGUAGACUAUGCUUUUAUGGUGUGGACUAGCUGAAGUACUUCAUGUACAUUCAUACAACCACAGGACAGCACUGACAUCUUGGUCUUCACAUUCUUUGUAUUCUGGUGAAGAAGAAAAGGCCUCAUGACCCAAUAUCUGUGUGUUUCCUCCCUUUUAUGGACACCUGACUGACUCAGCACGGAUCACACGUUGGUGAAAACUAGAAAAGCUCUGACCAGAAUUGAUCUGGACUUGAAGCAUCAGCUAUUGUACAUUUUCUAUUUGAUAUCUAACUUUUUAAUAUUCUGUUGUUUUUAUAUUAAAUGUUUAUUAAAUUCAAUAAUAUGGUUAAACAAUGAUGUUAUUCAAAUAUGUACUGAUUGAAAAAAUAUUAUCCAAUUGUAAAGUACAAUAGAGAACAAUCAAAAGGGAUGAAAUAAGUAAAUCUGCCUUUAAUGAGGUGCAAGGGGCAGAGUUUUUGGAUUUGUUACAAAAAUAAAGCUGAAUUGAGUGUUUGAUGUCUUUCACAGCCUUUGCAGAUUAACUGUGUAGAAUUUUCAUUAAAAAAAUAAAGAUCACUUUAAA